AUGUCCAGUGUUCAGACCGCUGCUCAGCAAGAGGAGCCUCUUGAUCUCAUCAGAUACCAACUAGAUGAGUUUGUUCUUGUCAAAUUGAGAGGUGCACGUGAAAUGAAGGGAAAGUUACAAGGUUAUGACUCUCACUGUAACAUGGUGUUGAGCGAUGCAGAAGAGACCAUCUACGGCGAGAAGGAGGAGGAUACCGUGGUCAAGAAGACCGAAAUGGUGUUUGUGAGAGGUGACUCGGUUAUCUUGAUCAGCCCGGUGGACGAGUAA